AUGAAGAAUACAAUCUUAUUAGUGUCUCUUCCUAUACUGUUUGUUCUUGCUUUAAAUUGUUUAGAGGUUGAAGCUCAAGUUUGCAGGCCUAGUGGCAAAAUCAUAGGGAAGAAACCUCCUCAUGGAAAAUGCAACACGGAGGACGACUCCGAUUGUUGCUUUAAAGGCAAGAUCUACACAACUUACAAGUGCUCACCCCAAGUAUCUAGCCACACCAAGGCAGUUCUAACCCUCAACAGCUUCGAGAAGGGAGGGGAUGGCGGCGGUCCAUCAGAAUGUGACAAGAAAUAUCACUCUGAUGACAGACCAAUUGUUGCACUAUCAACCGGCUGGUUCAACAGAAAAUCCAGGUGCCUCAACAACAUUACUAUAAGUGCUAAUGGGAGGAGUGUGGUGGCAAUGGUUGUCGAUGAAUGCGAUUCGACGAUGGGAUGCGAUGAAGUCCAUGAUUAUCAGCCUCCAUGUGCUGACAAUAUUGUUGAUGCCUCAAGAGCAGUUUGGGAAGCAUUGGGAGUUCCGAAAAAUGACUGGGGAUAUAUGGAUAUUACUUGGGCUGAUGCUUAA